AUGUCCCGCGCAGCGAAAUUCACACUGGCCGCCACCGGCCUGGGUACUGCGGGUAUCAUCUGGUUCGUGCACUGGGCGCAAGAGAACGACCGAGCGGCAAUGCACAGAGGCGUCGAACGGGAUAUGGAGAAACAGCGCAUUCGCCAAGAGCGUCAAGCCGAGUUCGAAAUGCAAAAAGCCCUGGAGCAAGAAUACCUCAAGUUACAAACGGUACACAGCACUACGAAUCCAGAAAGUCCAGCAGACCAAAGCCCGGGCUCGGGGUCAUAA